GUCGUAUCGCAUCUCUUAUCUAUGAUGUCGAAGAAGAUCUCGGAAGCAGAUAAUGGUGGUGUUCGUCAGCCGGAGAGCAGCAGCUGGGAUUCAGAUCUGCAAUUUCUUGAUUCCAUUCAACACUUCCUCCUCUCCGGCGGCAGUACAGAUCAUCAGUCCUCACUGGACGAGACUUGGACGCCCGUACAAACCAACUCUUCCUUAUCCAUCGGCGCCAGCAGCAGCAUCAUCAUUGCAGCCGAUCUACUCCUGCCGGGGGCUGCGGCGGUAUCUGAUGAUCUUCGAUAUCCAUUCCCCUCCACGACGGCGGCGGCGGUGGCAGAGUUGGAGGAGAUAGGCAGCCACGUGGCAUCAUCUUCGGGUACUGGUUUGAGCGAUGAGGCCGGGGAGAAGAAGAAGAAGAAGAAGGGAGGUGGUGGAGGUUGGCGGUAUAAGGGAGUGAGGAGGCGGCCGUGGGGGAAGUACGCGGCGGAGAUUCGGGACCCGAAGAGGAACGGAGCGAGGACGUGGCUGGGGACGUACGAGACUCCACAGGAUGCUGCUCUGGCCUACGACCGAGCCGCUUUCCAGAUGAGGGGAGCCAAGGCGAAGCUCAACUUCCCUCACCUGCUCAGCUCCGGUAACCCUUCCCCGCCGCCGCCGGUAUGAGCCCAUUGGCGUUGUUUGUAAUUUGGUAUCGGCCUUGAGCUUUAUCGGAACUUUUUUUCAUUUUGUUUCAUUAUGUAAUUAUAGGCUCCAUCCAAUAAGGCAGUUUGGUUGGU